AUGCCUCCACCUCAGAAGCGUAGAUGCUGUAGAGCUGAGGAAGAUGUUCAGUCCCAGAGUGAAACACAAGAUGAAGUGGAUGUGGAGGAGACCAUAGACCAGGUCGAUUCCUCAUCCUCUUCUACAUCCUCCUCCUCUGCCCCUUCUUCAUCCUCAUUUCCCUUGUUCUAUUCACCACUUUCAAGCACCUCAGAGGAGAACUAUACUGAUUCUUGGAAAUCAAAUCAUUCUGAGACUCCUCAGAGUGUUCAGUCCUCCUCCUCCACUGCUAUGAACUCUCCUCAAUGUAGCCCAUCUGAUCAGGGCUCCCAUGAACAAAAUGAGGAGGGACCAUCACCCUCAAAGGACCUUCAGUGUGUUGCUCCCUUGUCCUCAAGUGAGUUAAAUAUGAAUAUAUGUAACUUAGUACAGUUCUUGCUCCUCAAGUAUGGGAUGGGUGAGCUGACCACUGAGGCAGAAAUGCUGAAUGAUGUCGUUAGUAAUUACCAGGAGUACUACCCUAUGAUUUUUAGUGAGACAUCUAAGUGCAUGCAGCUGGUCUUUGGUAUUGAGGUGAAGGAAGUGGAAACUUGUGGCCACACCUUUGUUCUUGUGCCUGCCCUGAACCUCACAUAUCAUGGAAUGGCAAGUAGUAUCCAGGGCAUACCUAAGACAGGCCUUCUGAUACUGGUCCUAUGUAUAAUCUUCAAGGAGGGCAGCUGUGCCAGUGAGGAGGUGCUCUGGACAGUGUUGAACAGUGUAGGGCUCUAUGCUGACAGGUAUGAUACCACAUAUGGGUAUACUAGGAGACUGAUCAUUAAGGAUUUUGUACAGGAAGGGUACCUGGAGUAUCAGCAGGUGCCCCACACUGAUCCUGCUUGCUAUGAGUUCCUGUGGGGCCCAAGGGCACAUGCUGAAAUCAGCAAGAUUAAAAUCCUAGAGUUUUUGUAUAAUAUCUAUAGGUCUGAUCCCAAUUUCUGCCCCAUGUGGCCGGCAGAGGCUUUGAGAGAUGAGGAAGAGGACAAGGCCAGUGGUGCCCCAGCAGAUGAAGGUCCUGCCAUGCACGGUGCAGGUUCUAGUGCACAGGCAGCCUGCAGCGACGAUAAGGCCAGGCAGUGA